AAUCGAGACCAAGUUCCAACAUGCCCAGGUACACCCUGGUGAGAUGGUGGGAGCUUUGGCAGCGCAGUCUCUCGGUGAACCAGCUACACAGAUGACACUGAACACUUUCCAUUACGCUGGUGUGUCUGCCAAGAACGUAACACUUGGUGUACCUCGUCUGAAGGAGAUCAUUAACAUUUCGAAGAAACCAAAAACUCCGUCACUGACCGUUUUCUUGAUCGGACAAGCUUCAAGAGAUGCUGAGAAAGCCAAGGAUGUAUUGUGUAGACUAGAACACACAACUUUACGUAAAGUCACAGCAAACACCGCCAUCUAUUACGAUCCCGACCCACAGAACACGGUGAUUGCCGAGGAUCAGGAAUGGGUGAAUGUGUAUUAUGAGAUGCCGGACUUUGAUGUGUCGAAGAUUUCUGCCUGGUUAUUGAGAAUUGAGCUGGAUAGAAAGAAGAUGACAGAUAAAAAAUUGACUAUGGAACAAAUUUCUGAGAAAAUCACUGCUGGUUUCGGUGAUGACUUGAACUGUAUAUUUAACGACGACAAUGCAGAGAAGUUGGUGCUACGUCUUAGAAUUAUGAACUCUGAAGAUAGCAAAACACAAGAUGAGGAGGAAGUAGCAGACAAGAUGGAGGACGAUGUAUUCCUCCGAUGUAUAGAGUCCAAUCUUCUCUCUGAUAUGUCACUACAAGGCAUUGAGGCUAUUGCUAAGGUGUACAUGCAUCUCCCCAACACUGAUGAUAAGAAGAGAAUCUUUAUUACCGAUGAAGGAGAAUUUAGAGCCGUAGCUGAAUGGAUUCUCGAGACAGAUGGUACGUCGUUGACCCGUGUUCUCAGUGAACGAGACGUCGACCCAGUGAGAACUACAACCAACGAUAUUGUAGAAGUGUUUGCUACACUGGGUAUAGAAGCUGUACGAAAGUCCAUUGAGAAAGAAAUGAACCAUGUCAUCUCUUUCGACGGUUCGUACGUCAACUAUCGUCACCUGGCCUUGCUAUGUGACGUAAUGACAGCUAAAGGUCACUUAAUGGCCAUCACACGUCACGGUAUCAACAGACAAGAAACUGGUGCCUUAGCUAGAUGUUCCUUUGAGGAAACUGUUGAUAUUUUGAUGGAAGCAGCAGCCCAUGCCGAGCAUGAUCCUAUGAAAGGUGUAUCGGAAGCCAUUAUGUUGGGACAGUUAGCUCGUAUUGGUACCGGAUGUUUUGACCUACUUCUAGAUGCGGAGAAAUGUAAAUAUGGUAUGGAGAUACCGACUAAUGUAGGAGCUGGCAUGAUGGGAGGAGUUGGAACAGGAAUGUUCUUUGGUGCCGGAGCCAGUCCUACACAGGGUAUGUCACCUCAGAUGACUCCAUGGCAACAGAGUGCUACACCUGGAUACGCCAGUGCUUGGUCACCUGGUAUUGGUAGUGGUAUGACACCAGGUGCUGCAGGUUUCUCGCCUUCCGCUGCUAGCGAAAGUGGAUACAGUCCGGGUUACAGUCCAGCUUGGUCACCACAGCCAGGUUCACCCAGCUCACCCUCCAGUCCAUACAUACCAAGUCCUAGAGGAGCAAUGUCGCCAAGUUAUUCGCCGACUUCACCGUCGUACAUUCCAAGUUCUCCUGCUAUGUCGGGUGGCGGAACACCACAAAGUCCAGGUUAUUCACCUACAAGCCCGUCAUACAGUCCAACAAGUCCUGGAUAUUCACCAACGUCACCAAAUUAUAGCCCAACUUCUCCCUCUUAUUCACCAACAAGUCCUUCAUACAGCCCAACAAGCCCAUCAUACUCGCCGACAUCACCGUCGUACAGCCCAACAUCACCAAGUUACAGUCCAACAAGUCCAAGUUACUCCCCAACAUCCCCAAGUUACAGCCCAACUUCACCAUCCUACAGCCCAACUUCCCCUUCAUACAGCCCAACAAGUCCAAGUUACUCCCCAACAAGCCCCUCUUAUUCACCAACGUCACCAAGCUACAGCCCAACAUCUCCGUCAUACUCCCCAACAUCACCAAGUUACAGCCCAACAAGUCCUAGUUACAGUCCUACAAGCCCAAGCUAUAGCCCAACUAGCCCUAGCUAUAGCCCUACAAGUCCAAGUUACAGCCCAACAUCACCAAGUUAUUCACCAUCUUCACCCAACUACAGUCCAUCUUCCCCGUCAUACAGUCCAUCAAGUCCUAGCUACUCGCCCAGUAGCCCUAACUACAGUCCAAGUAGUCCAAGCUAUUCACCAAGUAGCCCUAGCUACUCACCGAGCAGCCCUAAAUAUAGCCCACAGUCGCCAUCAUACAGUCCAACAAGUCCUAGUUACUCGCCGUCUAGCCCCAAAUACAGCCCAACAUCUCCAAGUUAUUCUCCAACGAGUCCAAGUUUCCCAAGUUCUCCACAAUACAGUGUUACAUCUCCCUCGUACAGUCCAGGCUCUAUUAGUGACAGGGGCUCUCAUAAGUACAGCCCCAGCUCACCACAGUACAGCCCAACUUCCCCAGCAUACUCCCCAUCAAGUCCGCAGUAUUCACCCCCAGCAAGUCCAUCGUACAGCCCGUCAAGUCCCCAAUAUUCCCCAGCCUCCCCAUCGUACAGCCCGUCAAGUCCCCAGUAUAGUCCAUCAAACACUGGGUAUACACCGACAACUCCGAAAUAUCCCCCGACUAGUCCGACAUAUAGUGCUGCAGAUGAUGAUAGUGACAUGGAAUAAAGUUUUGUAUAUUCGUCAUCACUUUAAACAGCAUCAGUGUAUAAUAAUAGUUCAUUAUU